AUGUGGAAAACUAGUUGGAGACACGAGAGUUCAAAGAGCACCAGUGAAGGUGGCAAGUUGAAAAGCAAAGGUUGCAGCUAUGGUUCUGUUGAAAUUUUAAAAAAUGCUCCAGCAUCUUUAAGUUCUGAUGUGAAAGAAAAGGCUGAUCCGUAUGAGGCUAGUGUUGCAGUACCAGUGGACAUCCUGAGUACAAAACGUAAAGUAGGUCACCCAAAGAAGAAAGGAAAAAAAUCUCGUGCUAUUCCUGGGUCUUCAGGCUGUGGGGUUGUACAAGUUCAUGUGGAUCUAAUAAGUCAUGGCUCUGAAGGAAAUUUGGAGAGGUCUAAGCCAGAAGCACCAGUUGUUACCGUAGAGGACUCUUCUCUGCAGAGACUUCCCGAAGCUAAUGUUAGUUGCUCAAUUGAAGUGGGUUUGGAUACCUUCAAACUUGCUCCGCCUCUGCGUAAAGUUUCUGCAACAAGAACUAGCAGUGGGUUGAAGAUUACAGUAGGCAAAGGGAAUAGAGCAUCGAAAUGUUCCAAUGAGAAUGUCAGUAGUAUCUCUGGUCCAUUAUGGAAGAUUUCGAGACACCGAAAAAGGGCAAAGGAAGUUAUGAGUUCAUCUAAAGGCAGAAUCAAAAUACUGGCAAACGAUUUGAAGGAUGAACAACCUACCGACUAUAAGAUUCACCUGCGGACUCCGGGAAGUAAAACGGUGAAGAAAGAAGUAUCUCCACUGCCUUCUUCCAAGAGUAAAAAGAAGAACCAAUUUUCAAGUGGCCAAGAAGGUCCUUAUUUUAAUCCCGAACGGUCUAGAUCUGGAAGUCUACUUAUACCUCCAUUAGAGUUUUGGCGAAACCAACAUGUCCUGUAUGAUAAGGUAGUAAAUCUGAGCCACCGAAAGCAAAAAGAAAACUGUUAUGAUGCUUUGACAUAG